AUGGUUAUGCGCGCGAUCGCCGUCGCGCUCUGCGCCGCGGGCGCCAGCGGCUUCAUCAGCGUGCCCUCGAGCACCGCGCUUCGUCGGCCCUCCGUCUCAUUGCACGCGCUCCAGAAGAAGACCGUCGAGUCGUUCGCGAUCCCGGCUGAGGAGAGCGUGACGCCGCCGACGAAGGUCAAGGGCGAGGCGCUCUUCGGCGGAAGCAAGAAGGGCAAGGCCGCCGCGAAGGCCGCCGCGCCCGCGCCCGCGCCGGAGCCGGCGGCCAAGCCGGUCAAGGCGAAGAAGCCGAAGAAGCUCUCGAAGAAGGAGCAGGCGGCGGCCGACGCCAAGGCCAUGGAGGAGGCCAAGGCCGCGGCGGCGGAGGAGGCGGCCAAGGCCGCGGCGAAGACGAAGGGCAAGGCGCCCAAGGCGCCCAAGGAGCCCAAGGCGCCCAAGGCCGAGAAGGCGCCGCCGCCGCCCAAGGCCGAGAAGGCGCCGCCCGCGCCCAAACCCGCGAAGAAGGGCAAGGCCGCCGUCGCGCCGCCGCCGCCGCCGCCGCCGGCGCCCGUCGCGGCCAAGGCCGCGGCCAAGGCCGCGCCCGCGGCGAGCUCGGGCCCGCCGAACGUCGCCGCGAUCGCCGUCGGCGCGGCGCCCUUCGCGGCGCUGCCCGUCUUCGGCCUCGUGGGCCUGCGGUCGACCCUCGAGAAGUCGAAGAAGGUCCGCGAGGUCCGCGAGCAGGAGAUCGCGGCGGCGAAGCGCAAGGCGGACAGGGGCGGCCUCGGGCAGCUCAACCCCUUCGAGACCAAGGCCCUGCUCGGCUCCGGCGGCGGCCUCGUCGCGUCCGUCGCCGCCCUCUUCCUCUCGCAGCCCGGCCCCGCGCCCGCGCCGCCGGCCAAGGGCGGCAAGCCCGCGGCCGCCGCCAAGGCGCCCGCGCCCAAGGGCCCGGGCUUCUCCCUGCCGUCCCUGCCCGCCGCGGCGCCCAAGAAGGACGCGCCGCCCAAGGCGCCCAAGGUCAAGGGCACGGCGCUCCUCGGCGGCAAGAAGGCCGCGCCCGUCGACGCCGCGGAGGCCAAAAAGGCCAAGGACGCGAAGAACGCCGCGGCCAAGGAGGCCGCCGCCGCCAAGGCCGCCGCCGCGAAGCAGAAGGCCGCCGACGCCGCGGCGGCGAAGAAGAGCGCCGCGUCCGCCGACGCCAAGGCCGCCAAGGCCGCCGCGGACAAGGAGGCCGCCGCGGCCAAGGCCGCCGCCCGGGCCGCCGCGGACAAGGAGAAGGCGGCGAACGCCGAGUUCAAGAAGGAGCAGGCGGCGAAGCAGGCGGCCGAGAAGGUCGAGAAGGCCAAGGCCGACGCCGCCGCCAAGGCCGACGCCGCCAAGGCCAAGGCCGAGGCCGCCAAGGCCGACGCCGCGACCAAGGCCAAGGCGUCGUCCGAGUCCAAGGCCGACGCCGCGGCCGCGAAGAAGGCGCAGGACGCGGCCAAGGCCGCCGAGGUCGCCGAGGCCAAGGCGACGAAGGAGGCCGCGGCCAAGGCCCAGGCCGCGGAGAAGGCGUCGGCCGACAAGCUCAAGAAGGAGCAGGCCGACGCCGCGGCCGCGAAGAAGGCCGCCGAGGCCAAGGAGGCCGCGGCGGCCAAGGCCGACGCCGCCAAGGCCAAGGCCGAGGCGGCCAAGGAGGCCGCGGCGGCCAAGGCCGCCGCCAAGCCCGCGCCGGCGCCCAAGCCCGCGCCGGCGCCCGCGCCCGCGCCCGCGCCCGCGCCCGCGCCGGCCCCCGCCCCCGCGCCGGCCCCGGAGCCGGCUCCCGCGCCCGCGCCGGCCCCGGAGCCCGCCGCCGCGCCCGCGCCGUCGGGCGCGGGCGAGAAGGACGCCGCGCUCGCCGCGCUCUCGAAGCGGAAAGCGAAGUGA